AUGGCAUUCACCAAAGUCGCGUUACUCUCUCUUCUUUCGCUGGUCGCGGCCAGGGACGCGAGCCAAAGCCCCGCUAAAAGCCCUGUGCUCGGCCAGGUCACACCACAGGGCUGCUUCAAUUCCCUCCCCAGCAAAGCCGAUGGACGAUCCAACACCUUCAACAGCGUCGGCACAUGCACCAACUACUGCCAGAAGCUGAAGAAGACUGUAGCGAUACUCAAGGAUGUGGAAUGCAUCUGCGCUGAUAUCUACCCAGCCAAAUCUGCCCUGGUAGACGAUGACAAGUGUGAUACACCUUGUCCUGGAUACGCGAAUGAUGCCUGUGGUGGAGAGGAUGCCUACAGCGUGUUCAACCUGGGUGUGGACUUGUUGCCUGGAAAUGAGGGUGAUAAGAGAUCGUCGGGCUCAACUGCUGAAUUGACGGGUUCGACCAAGACCGCUGUUGUUGUGGCGACUGCGACUGAAGUCUCUACCACCGACGCUGAGACGACUGUUGCACCUACGACUGAGGCCGAAGAGACAACAUCCGCUACCAAACCUGAAAAGGCUUCCGCGACCGAGGCGACAACGAGCGACAGCACUACCGUGUCAACGCCCAGCGCAUCUGCAUCGACUGUCCCCGACAACGCGUCGCGCAGACUCAAUAACCCCAUCGGCAACUUGGUUGGGCUUUUGCGACAACUGCUAUAA